GGGGCUCGCGGCUCCGUGCCCGAGGAGCUGGACGCGAUCCUGGGCCGCCCGGGCGCGUCCGCUGCUGCGGCCCCCGCCCGCUGCGGCAGGCAAGGGCCUGCCUUGAGGCGACUGGGGGCUGCUGCUGGCGUGGUGGCGCUGCUGGCGUGCGGGGCGCUUGCCGCGGCGGGCAGGGUGCGGCCCAGGGCCGAGGCAUCUCGAGAGGAGCGGUUCGUCCAGGCGGAGGAGGAGCGGGACCCGUUCGCCGUCGCGCUGGGCUUCAAGAAGAACGGGGCCCCCCCCCCCAGCGACCCGCCCGCGGGCGGCCCGCCCGCGGGCGGCGCCCCCGCGGGCGGCGCCCCGCGGGCG